UUCAUUUAUUAACUUCCGCUGUACCGGCUGCAUCACAAAGAUACUCUGAGACGAGUUAGGACAAUGUAUGAAAAUGUCCCAACAGUCUCCACAGUGGAGCGCCAGCAGGUAUUGCAGGCUUUGGAGCGGCUGCAGGCCAAGAUGGCCCAGAGGGAGGAGUGGACCCAUAGUGAGAGGCUGGGGGUGCUGAGGGAUGCUCUACAGAGCCCACUGCUAGGACACAUCCUCACGCUGCAGCAUUCAAUCAAACAACUCAAAGACCAGCUGAACUGCAUGCCUCAAUACACCUGCAGUGAUUUCAGCUUCUCUAGGAAGGGCCAGCUGAUUGUCAGUGCAAGCCGCCCAGCCAGCAGCCUGUGCACGUCCAGCCCCGGCACUGUGUUGUCCAACGGCUCGGCCCUUGCCUCCCCCGACCAGCUCCAGAGAUGGUUCUGUACCUCCGCUAAGGGGAGGCAGACAGAGCACAUCAGCCUGCCUAAGCCCUUGUCUGGGGGCCUGGGCUUCAGUGUAGUGGGUCCAAGGGCCGAAGGGACAGGGGACCACGGGGUCUUCAUCAGACACGUCCAGCCUAGGAGCAUCGCACACGGGGAUGGGCGCAUACAGGAGAACGACCAGAUCCUGGUGAUCAACGGGACGCCCCUGGACCAGAGUGUCACCCAGCGUCAGGCCAUCGCUCUCCUGCAGCAGCCUGGGGACAGGGUGGAUCUAGUGGUGGCCAGGGAUCCUGCCACCAUCGCACAGCAUACACACACCCUCCCGCCUGGGCCCAGUCACAAGGAGCAGUGGGGCCACAUGGAGGAGAUGGAGCUGCUGAACGACGGCUCGGGCCUGGGCUUUGGGAUUGUUGGAGGCAAGGCCACUGGGGUGGUGGUGCGGACUCUGGUUCCAAACAGUGUGGCUGACAAGGAUGGGCGCCUGCGUACAGGUGACCACAUCCUGCGUAUUGGUGAGACCCCCACAGGUGGCUUGACCAGCGACCAGGUGGUCAAGGUGCUGCAGGGCUGCGGGAGCCACGUGCGGAUGCUCAUCGCCCGUGACCCCUCGGGACAGUACUCCACCUUCCCGCCGCCUCCUCCCCCGCCCUCCGCCAGCCCCGUCUCUGUCUUACCCUCUGGAGUCGAACCCCAGAGUAGGAUCCACAGGAUGCCCAACCUGGAGGGUUAUGAGAUCCAUAAAGUGCCUCUGAGGAAGAAGGAGGGCCAGAGCCUGGGGAUCACCAUCAUCGGAUACAACUCCUUAACCCGCGAAGACGCGGUCGGGGUGUUUGUGAAGAACGUGGUUCCUGGGAGUGCCGCUGAGCAGAGCGGAAACAUCCGGAUCUAUGACAGGAUAAUAGAGCUGGACGGGGUGAGCCUGCAGGGCUUCACUAACCAGGAGGUUCUGGAGGUGAUGAAGCAGACAGGCCAGACGGUCCUCCUCACCCUGGUCAGGAAGAUAUCCUCGCCCAAACCGUCACUGGAGAGGUCCCUGGACAAAGGUGUGGAGGAGAUCUCUCUGUCUGAGCUGGAGCUGAAGGACAAAUGGGAGCAGUCUCUGGGGCCACAGUACGAUGUUCUGGUGGUUGAACUGGACCCUGUUAUUGAAGAUGAUGCUGAACUACAGAAUUACUCCAAGCUACUACCCAUCCACACCAUGCGUCUGGGGGUGGAGUUGGACUCGUUUGACGGCCACCACUACAUCUCCUCUGUGGCCCCAGAAGGGCCUGUGGCCAAACACGGCCUCCUGAGACCAGAUGACGAACUACUAGAGGUAAACGCGGUGCAGCUGUACGGCAAGUCGAGGCGCGAGGCGGUGGCAUUCCUUCGUGAGGUUCCCCCUCCCUUCACCCUGGUGUGCUGCAGACACCUGACAGAAGAGAACUCAGACUACCAGCAUGACCGGGACGAUAAGUGGCGCUCGCCCAGCACUGCUGCCAGCCUCUCUGAGAUGGAAGCCAAGCUGUCUUCUGUAUGGGUUAGUCAGGCAUACCGCCGAGACCCUACUGGUGACCAGCUUCAGGACCGAGCCACCCUAAAGGAGAUCUCAGAGGAGGACCAAGCCACCCUGAAGGAGAUCUCAGAGGAGGACCAAGCCACCCUGAAGGAGAUCUCAGAGGAGGACCAAGCCACCCUGAAGGAGAUCUCAGAGGAGGACCAAGCCACCCUGAAGGAGAUCUCAGAGGAGGACCAAGCCACCCUGAAGGAGAUCUCAGAGGAGGACCAAGCCACCCUGAAGGAGAUCUCAGAGGAGGAGCAAGUGCCCACAUGGAAUGAAGAGGGAGAGCUGGCUCUGUGGUCCCCAGACAUCCAGUUGUUGGAGCUGGAGAAGAGAGAGAGAGACCUGGGCUUCAGCAUCCUAGACUACCAGGACCCUCUGGACAGGGCAGGCUCGGUCAUCGUCAUCCGCUCCCUGGUGCCUGGCAGUGUGGCAGAGCGCCAUGGGUACAUGCUCCCCGGGGACCAGCUGGUGUUUGUCAACGACACCUACCUGGACACGGUGAGCCUGUCCCAGGCUGUGGAGGUGCUGAAUGCUGCCCCAUCUGGAACAGUCUACCUGGGCAUCCGCAAGCCACUGGUGGUGAAGGAGGAAGGUGGAGAUGGUACUGUGGAGAAGCUGGAGUCCAGAGCCCUCUUUGAUCAGCUCUCUCUAGGUCAGUCUUUGAAUUCCUGGGUGGAGACUGGGGACAGCGAGGCGGACUCAGACUCCAGGAACGGAAGAUCAGAACUCAUCCUCACAGACACAGACUCGGUGCAUUUGAUUGGCACAGAGAGGAGAAAGAGGAGGGGCCAGGGAGGAGGACGACACAGUGAUCUACCUGAGAGGGAGGAAGGAGAGGGAGAGGAGACCCCUGCCAUCAGUCACUGGGGACCUCCACACAGAGUGGAGGUGUGGCAGGAGGAUUGCGAGUCUCUUGGCAUCAGCAUCGUGGGCGGGCACAGCGUCAUCAAGAGACUGAAGAAUGGAGAGGAACUCAAGGGCAUCUUUAUCAAACAGGUACUGCCGGAGAGCCCAGCGGGACGCACUCGCUCCCUCAAGACUGGAGACAAGAUAGUGCAGGUAUCAGGUGUGGACCUCCAGAAUGCCAGUCAUGAGGAGGCAGUCCAGGUCAUCAAGACAGCUCCCAGUCCCGUGGUCUUCAUCGUUCAGAGCCUCUCUGCCACGCCAAGGCCUGUCUCACUAACGGCGCCCAGUUACAGAAAACACAAGGCAAAGAGCAGAGUCAUGCCGCAGAAAGCAGAAGUAGGAGGUGCCCCUCCCCCGAUGAGACUCCCCCCGCCCUACCGGCCACCCAGUCAGCUGACAGAGGACCAGGACGAAGAGCUGGAGGGAGUCAAAGAGCUGAUCAGGUUGCGUUACGGGGAGCUGUGCGGGGAGCUGCUGUGUGUGGAGCUGGACAGGGAACGCCAGGGCCUGGGUCUGAGCCUGGCUGGAAACAAGGACCGCUCCUGCCUCAGCAUCUUCGUGGUAGGCAUCAGCCCCGGGGGCCCCGCCGCCAAGGACGGACGCAUCCGCGUAGGGGACGAGCUGCUGGAGAUCAACAACCAGGUCCUGUAUGGCCGCAGCCACCUGAACGCCUCGGCCAUCAUCAAGAGUGCCUCGCCCAAGGUCAAGAUUACCCUGAUCAGGAAUGAAGAUGCUAUCAACCAGAUGGCCGUUCCCCCCUUUCCAAACCCUCCUGUUGUCCUCUCCUCCACUGAAACCCCCAAACCAGCCGCAGUAGCAUCCCUGGCCCCCACAGAGAAGUCUCAAACCCCAGAGAGCCUGGCCCUCGGCAGGGGACCCCUGGAGGCCUCCAUCUCCAUCAGCGAGGUGAAGUCCAGUGUUGGGUCCAGUGGGAGCACAGCUACGGAGCUUGUGUCCAGAGAAGCAACACUCAAGAUCCUCCGAGAGACUUCGUCAAAGAAGGCCUCAGAGAACGAGGCCGAGUCUUCAGAGAGUGUGACUGUGCUGGCUGCCGAGACCCCCCUGGGGCAGACUGCGAACCUGUCCAAAACCUGUCAGCUCUCCUGUAAGCUGCCUGUGGUGAGCUCUGUGAAAGGGGAGCUGGUGCCCCCUCCUGCCUCUAUCCUACCUUCCUCCUGCAGCAGCCCAGACUUUGAGUACUGCAGCAAAGACACAGCCACGUGCCCUAUCGUUCCAGGCCAGGAGAUAAUCAUAGAGAUCUCCAAGGGUCGCUCUGGCCUGGGUCUCAGCAUUGUAGGGGGAAAAGACACCCAGCUGGAUGCCAUAGUGAUCCAUGAGGUAUAUGAGGAGGGGGUGGCGGCACGUGAUGGACGACUCUGGGCUGGAGAUCAGAUCCUGGAGGUAAAUGGUGUGGACCUGCGUAGCGUGGCCCAUGAGGAUGCCAUCACAGCCCUAAGGCAGACUCCGGCCAAGGUGUGUCUUAAGGUUCUACGGGACGAGGCGAGGUACCGCGACCAGGAGAACCUAGAUGUGUUCAGUGUGGAACUGCAGAAAAAGGCUGGCCGUGGCCUGGGCCUGAGUAUCGUCAGCAAGAGGAACGGCACAGGGGUGUUCAUCUCGGACGUGGUGAAAGGGGGCGCCGCCGAGCUGGAUGGCCGGCUGAUGCAAGGGGACCAGAUUAUCUCUGUCAACGGAGAUGACAUGAGGUCUGCCUUGCAGGAGACGGUAGCUGCCAUUCUCAAGUGUGCCAGGGGGGUGGUGCUCCUGGAGCUGGGCCGACUGAAGGCUGCCUCCUGGCUCUCUUCCAGACGUCCCUCCCAGGGAAGCCAGAUGAGUCACGUGAGUGCCAACAGCACAAUCGUCACGCCCCACCCCCUGCCAAACUCCACCCCUUCCACCUCUCAGCUCCUCAAUAACGUCAGGAAGCCAAUGACAGUGGGCAUGACAUCAUCACAGAGCGCAGAAACAGGGAUACGCACUGUGGAGAUUACAAGGGGUCCUACUGAUGCGUUGGGGAUCAGUAUAGCUGGGGGGAAGGACAGUCCUCUGGGGGAUAUCCCCAUCUUCCUGGCCAUGAUCCAGGCCAACGGGGUGGCAGCGAAGACACACCGGCUCAAGGUGGGUGAUAGGAUCGUGAGUAUCAACUCCCAGUCUCUGGAAGGUCUGUCCCAUGGGGAUGUAGUCACCAUGCUGAAGAAUGCCUACGGCAGCAUCAUUCUCCAGGUGAUUGCUGACACCAACAUCAGUGCUAUAGCCAGUCAGGUGGAGAGUAUGUCGACUAGCAGCUGCUCCGAGACACAGCCAGGGGAACCAGAAGCCCCCAAACCCAAGAGUAUCUGCCUGGAGAAGGGUUCUGACGGCCUGGGCUUCAGCAUCGUAGGAGGCUUCGGAAGCCCUCAUGGAGACCUGCCAAUCUACAUCAAGACUGUCUUCAGCAAGGGGGCAGCAGCGGUGGACGGGCGUCUGAGGAGGGGUGACCAGAUCUUGUCUGUGAACGGAGAGAGUCUGGAAGGGACCACACACGAGCUGGCUGUGGCCAUACUGAAGAGACAGAAAGGGGCCGUCACCCUGGAUGUGCUGUCCUAACUCACACACACUAACCCUUGAACUGGUUUGAACUCCCCAACAUGUUGGAAGGGGUUGACCAACAACUGAUGCCCGUCUCCAGCCCAUUAAACAGCCCGUUAACGUGAAGGGGACAUUGGUUCUGGAAGGAUUCAGUUGAUAGUUAACAUAUGUGGUUGAACCAUGGGAAAUAAGAGAACUGUUAUGGGGGGUUGCAGGAAGUAGGGACACCUCAUUUCCUGUGUGCCAUCUUAUGAGCUUCACUGUGAGGGCGGUUCAACCUCUGUACUGACUGGAUACACGACUCAAAAUGGUGAAUGUUUGGAUGAAGCGAGGAAGCGAAGUGGGAAGCUUUAUAUGUGAAUAUCGGAUCUCUUUGUGUCAUUUCAACUUUGUGUGAUCACACAUCAUAGAACACUGAUAGGGCAAUAUGAAUGGUUCAGUUAGGAGGUGUCUUCACCAUUAGCCUAGCGUUAGCUUAGCAUCUCCCUUAUGGGGAGACACUGGUUAGCCGUUAGCGAUGUUAACUGCAGGUACUGCUAAUGUGAAAACUGUGAGGAGGAAUGGUCUCGGCAGGACGCACUAAACUGGAACAGAUACUACACACACACACACACACACACACACACACACACACACACACACACACACACACACACACACACACACACAUGCACAAUAGGCUAGUUAGUCACUGUCAGGUUGUCACAUUCUCAUUCAUCACAGACACUUGUCCAUUUGUCUCAUGUCAUGUCAUACUUGUUGCAAACAGACAAUUUAAACUCCUAGUGACUGGCUCUUACACAACAACACUACUCAGUUCAACAGUGAUUAGGCUAGACAUGGCCAAAGGAAGAAGCAAUGCAUUCUAUAGUAACUGGUAAACAGCCGUGCACUUCUAAUACACUUCAUAACAUGCUCGUAAAAAUGACAUAACUCCCUCUGUAGACAUUCAAAGGCAGUUAUAAAGGCCACCCAACUACUGGUGUCACUAUACAGUACCUUGUGUAGUCCUGCAGGAAGUUGCUGUAGGAAGCUUCUUUAUUCAUUUUUUAACUUCUUUUUCAUGGUAUCCAAUUUGUAGUUUACAGUCUUGUCUCAUCGCUGCAACUCCCGUACGGACUCGGGAGAGGCGAAGGUCGAGAGCCGUGCGUCCUCCGAAAAACAUAACCCAACCAAGCCUUACUGCUUCUUGACACAAUGCCUACUUAACCCGGAAGCCAGCCGCACCAAUGUGUCGGAGGAAACACUGUACACCUGGCGACCGUGUCAGCGUGCACUGCGCCUAGGCCCGCCACAGGAGUAGUCGCUAGGUCACGAUGGGACAAGGACAUCCCUGCCGGCCAAACCCUCCCCUAACCCGGACGACGCUGGGCCAAUUGUGCGCCGCCCCAUGUGUCUCACGGUCGCGGCCGGCAGCAGGCUUUUCUGAACCCACUUCAAAUUUGAGACCAUGAACAAUGUGUACUAUAGGUGUGUGUUUGCUUUAGCAGUACAAUGUAAUGUAGCUGAAUCUUAGGACCUCCAUCAGGCAUUGGGAGUCUAUUGCUGGGUUUGAUUUACAGUAGUGGGGGUUCGUUCGGAGGGCAGCCAAGUCUUUUGUUGGUGGUCAUGGAAUAGCCCUGUAAGUCUAUAGGUCCUAUGAAAUGGUGUCAAAUACAUGUCUUCACUAGCCUGGUCCCAGAUUUGGGUUCUACUCCCAUGGUCAUUGUCACGCCAAACCAGACAGCACAAACAGGUCUGGAACCUUACUGGUAGAAGGAGGAUGGGAUAGUAUGAUAUUUUGAUAUGAUAUUGUGAUAUGAUGCUAUGAUAUUGUGAUAUGAUGCUAUGAUAUUGUGAUAUGAUAUUGUGAUAUGCUAUUAUGCUAUCAUAUUGUGAUAUGCUAUUAUGAUAUUGUGCUAUUUCUGCUUUGAGUGGGAUCAUUCACUUCCUAUCCAAAACUCCACCGACUAUAAUUUUAAUUGGUUAGUGGACUGGAAACGUUUCAACCAGAUGCUAAUACUUGUAGUUUGACCUGCCUUUAUAUUAUGUGGAUGGUACUACCUGUAUGUUACUGCAAGCUUAUUCUUUAGCUUUUCACAGUAAAACAAUUGAUUAUUUUUUACAUCAUUUUUGGGAACUAUGAGAAUCAACAAUGAUCCAUUAUUUUCUUGUUAUGAGACAUGUUAAUCAUCAUAGAGCAGGGCUGUAUUCAUUAGGCACCAAAUGGAAGAAAAUGGUCUGAAACAGGAAGGGACAAACUGAACUUGUCCAGUAAGAUAUGCUUGUUUUCAUUUUUGUGAAGAAAAACAUUUUGCUACGUUGUGCAUUAAUGAAUACGACCCAUGUGUGUCUGUGGCUUCACACUGUCCUGUCCAGUGGUGAGAAGCUUGCCACAUCCAACAAUGACAGGAUAUCCUGUUUCUCUCUGAGCCCUUCGUCUGUCUCCCGUAAACCCCUCCACACUCACAGGAAGUGACAACAUGUUCCUCCAAAACACUUUGAGACUCCCCAGGGGUCAUGUUCCUUAGGCACCAAACUAGGAAAAAUGGUCUGAAACAAGGAGGGACUACCUGAACUGAAUUUUUUUUUAAUUGCUAUGCCGUGCCCUAAUGAAUACGACCCUGGUCGACACUGUAUAUUAACCCUGCAUAUUAACUCUCAAACCAUGCCCGUCUCAGGGUGGCAGGUAGCCUAGUGGUUAGAGCGUUGGACUAGUAACUGAAAGGUUGCAAGAUCAAAUUUCCCCGAGCUGAGAAAGUACAAAUCUGUCAUUCUGCCCCUGAACAAGGCAGUUAACCCAAUAAGACUUUGGUCUUAACUGACUUAGUUAAAAAAAGGUUUUAAAAAAGUAGAAGUGCAAUCUGGUGGCAAUAUCUAAUUGUAGGCUGUGUCUUAAAUGUGCGCCUUGAAUACUCAGAAGUGGUCCUAGGAUUUAGAGGAAGUGUACUAUUAGUGCCAUGUGGUGCCUCUUAAGGGAACUACUGCUGUGCCAUAAGUCUCUGAUGUGCUAGAGUAGACAGUGGCUAUUUAUCAUAUGUCAGUCUUAGUUCUGUGAGAGCCUAGCGCUGUCAAGUCUUAAUGCUCAAUCCUUUAAAUGCACACAUCCGGCCACUCACUGCUCUCUCUCCCUCUCCUCCUGUGAUCUCUCCAUCUACUGUUGAAUUUUAGCUUUUGUCUGGCCUUGUCCUAAGUGUGUCAAUCAGCCAUAGGCUGUGUGUGUGUGUGUGUGUGUGUGUGUGUGUGUGUGUACACAUACGUGUGUGUGUUCAUCAGAAGUUGUACUGAUGAUGAUCCUGUAACUCCCAAUCUUUCCGUGUUAUGAUGCCACCGAUGAACUGACUGCUCGACCUUAGCGCCACAGAAAACAUCUUAAUUCACCUCAUUGAUCGUUGGAUCGCAUUUUCAAAUCCAAAGAAACGAUCCACUUUUCAUAUGUCCACAUGUGACAAGUUAUGCUGUAAAAACGUGCAUAAAGAGUAUAUACAGUGCAUUCAGAAAGUAUUCAGGCCCCUUGACCUUUUCCACAUUUUCUUACGUUACAGCCUUAGUCUAAAAUGUAUUUAAAAAAGAAUUUCCCUCAUCAAUCUACACACACAAAAAAAAACAUUUUAGUAUUUAAUCCAUUAUUGAAUAAGGCUGUAAUGUAACAAAAUGUGGAUAAAGUCAAGGGGUCUGAAUACAUUCCGAAUGCACUGUAGGUCUAUAGAAGAACUUGUGUGAAAAAUAUAUUGUCUAUGAUCACAAUUGCAAGUCGUAUCUUUAAAUGUGUGUACUGAGUGUGUUCCUACAUUGAUGCUCUUUAUUAAUACUGAUUAAUUGUUUGAUGAUGAGGUUUUAUUAAAUGCAAGGGGACCACAACCAUUUCCACCAUGUCCUCCCUCUGAUCUUCAAGUGUGGCUGUUCAGUCCUUAAAAUAAAUGUAUUUUAAUAAGA